AUGCUACUCCCAACCCCCUCAAUCACGCUCGCCGCAACCCUCCCCAUCGCCGACGCCUUCGCCUCCCUCCCCACCGCGCAACCCCAGCUCUCCGAAAGAACAAUCCCCCUCAAAUUCCCCUACGUGUCCCCAAAGCCCUGCGUCUUCCCCAAAGCCGGCCCAUUUUGGCUCGUCACCGAGACCGUUUCCGUCACCUUGACCUCGACCGACACCAGAGUCACGGUCCCGUACUCAUGCUCCGUCUCACCCUCACGGGUUGAAAUCGCAAAAUAUUAUUAUGUUACUGUUACUAGGACCGCUACUGCUACUACUACCCUCUAUGGGCCACAUCCAGCAACCACGGUAGGAGAGCAUAGUGUGGAGUAUAUUGGAGACUACUGGGGCAAAUAA